CCCGUGGCUUUCCGUAGAUCACGGCCUGGGCGUCGACUGUACACUCACUGCUGCUGCGUAGGAAACAAACACCACUUCACCCAGAGAACUCGGAGGUGUCUCUUACAUAAACAAAGACUUAAUAUAAAACACAAAAAAUGCAUUCAGUCACGCUGGACAGCAGUGGUUCGCCAAGGAAGCGGACGUUUUCUCGGGGACUGAGCGAGGACGAGUCUCUCCGCAGCAUUAUAAAAGAGACUGAGAGUUCAUCCAGGCGUCUGGCACGAAGCGACAGCCGAGCAGGCACCCUGAAGAGGAGGAGUGACAGUCAGCAGUCUGAUCAGGAUCUCUUCAUGGGACUCCCAGAAAUGCUGGAGCUGCAGGCCAGCUAUGACGAGGUGGUGCAGGAGCUGCGUGGGCUGGAGGUCGAGCGAGAGGCUCUGUUGUUCCAGGUGGAUGUCCUGCAGGACACGCUGGAGGGCGUAGAGGAGCUGCUGGCUGAGGCCCAGAGGGAAGCUGGACAGGCUAGUUUGGAGUUGGAACGAGAGAGGGAGGCCAAGAGGAAGCUGGAGAGCAUGGUCUCCGCUCUGAUGCAAGAGGUGGAGAGAUUAAAAGAGGAGAGGAAUAACCAACCAUCUCCUCCUGUGAACACACAUGGAUGUGGAGAUGAAGCAACAAGACAAGGACACCAAAUGAAAAACGAUGCCAAGGAGCAGAGUCGAGCUGCACGCACAGAGGAAAAGGACUCAUCCCUGUGUGAACCUCACAGCAGUGAGAGCAGACGUAGAGGGUCUGAAGAGGCGGGGCAGGACAAAGGAGCUGAGGAUGAAGGAGGUGUCCUGACGAAGCUGCGGAAGAUGGUCAAUAAACCCCUGUGCCACAUACCCUCCCUUGCACUGGACAACCCGCUCUCCGAAGACGGGGUCCACCAGAGGCCUUACGAAAACUGCAUUGAAGAUGGGAGAGAUCCUUCGCCUGACAGGAACGACUCGGAUGACGUAAGUGCCUAUGAGGAUGCAUCUGCUGACACUCCAGAGCAGGAUAAGAUCUUUCCAGGUGAUGGAGACCUGUUGGAGCUACCCAGUGAUUCAGAGAAUAAAGAGAAAAGUCCAACCAACAACUGUCAGGGCAAUGAUGGUGAGACCCAAGAACCCAAGAAUCCUGAUUCGUGCGUUGUGUCUUAACUUCAUCUGUUUUACCUGCUACUGGGAGAAAAGACAGGGAUUAUUAUUGAGCAUUCGAAUCUGAUCUUUAUGUUCUUAGAAAACUUUGAGGCUGUCAACAAUGCUCAGAGUUGAUGUAAUUAGAGCUGCAAUGAUAAAUCAAUUAGUCAAUCAAAGGAAAAUAACCUGCAACGAUUUCAGUAAUUGGAAAAUGCCAAACAUUCACUGGUUUCAGCUUCUCAAAUGGGAGGAUAUGCUGCUUUACUUAUCAGAUAUGAUGAUGUCAAAUGUUUUGGGGAUUUGGACUACUGAUAGGAUACAGGCAAUUUGGAAAAUUGUGGUAAUCUUUCCAUAUUUUUGGACAUUUAAUCAAGAAAAUAAUUUGCAGAUUAAUUGAUCAUGAUAAUAGUUGGUAGUUGCAGCCCUAGCUAUAAUACACUGUAGAAGAAAUUCACAACAAGGUAACUCAGGAUCCAGGUGGUUUACCAGCUGGAAUUCCACAAAUGACUACUUUAUAUUAUUUGCCAAUUAUUUCUUUUUAAUAUGUGUCUUAAUUUUUUUUUUUUUUUUAAUCUGUGGAUGGACAUGGAGAAUACUCCAUGCUGCUCUGACCGUUUAUCUCUUUGGUUAUCUUUUAAGAAAGUUUGUUUGUACACUAAAAGCUGCCAAGACACAAAUCAGGAUUUACCUGUGUGCAAUACAGUGAGCUCU